GCUUGACCUAACACUUCACCACAGACUAGGCCUUGGCAAAUUAAAAUCUUGUUUAAAAUAAUUUGUGUAUAUUUAAAAUCAUUCGAACUGAUAGAGCCAUUUGGAGCGAGUGAAUGCGAACCAAAUUAUGCUUAAGAUUCCAAAUCGGCGCAAGAUGCCUGUGUCAGAGCAACAGCCUCGAGUCAUCAAGAUAGAGCGACCAACGACUGGAAGGAUACUAGGUCCUUUGAACGUGGCCAGCAUGCAGCAGCAGAACUUCUUGGCCAAGAACAACCCAAAAAUAUCCGAAGAUCUGGGCAGUCGCUUGCAGACUCUGCAGAGACGUGUCCAAGAGUGGAAGUCUUCAGGCCAAGUCUGAGAUAAAACGUAAACUUGGGGAUGAUGCAAAAAUAAAUAUUGAACAAAUCGAAGUAACUUAACUUAACCAAAUAAACAAAUAGUUAAAGCAUAAUAUUAUAAAAUAUUGCUUCAAUGAUAUACAAAUUUUGGUUGUUAUUAUAGUACAAAUUAUGUUCAUUUGCGUCAACUUUUGUAAGCCGAGCUUUCUAAUCACUUCUAAAUCCAAUCCAAAAUAUUCCACACCUGCAUAACACUCAUUUUUAAUGAUAAUUAAAUAAAAUGUAAACUUGACUCCUAUAGCC